AUGGAGAAACAACCGUUCUUGGGUUCUGCAAUUGAUAUAUACAACCCAAAUUUUGAAUCGCUUCUGGUCGGCUUCUGGCCGCCAGAAGCAGAAGCUGCUACCAAACGCGCAGAUUUUGGGCCGGCUUCUGCGCGACGCGCUUCGGGUUCUACCCCCGCAACGCACCGCCGCCGCCGCCAAGCCACCGGACCGCAGAUCCGCACCCAACGCACCGCCGCCGGACCCUCUCCUCGCCGCAUCGUCGUCUUCGCAGUGACACCGGCGCCCUUGUCCGUCGUGCUGGUUCCUCCGGUCCCCGACCAUCGCGUUGGCAUCUUCGCAGAUUUGCGUAUCGAGUUGUUCGUCUUCGGUUCCAAGAUCAAGUGCAUCCAAGGAUGGCCUGGAUCCGUACAUGACACUAGAGUACUGCAAGAUACUUUGAUAACUUAUGCGGACAGGUUCCCCCACCCACCAGAAGGUAAAUACUAUCUUGUCGAUUCCGGUUAUCCGAAUAGAAAGGGCUACCUUGCACCUUAUAAGGGUCAGAAAUACCACAUUUCCGAAUGGCAAAAUGCGAGGCAACCUAUUGGCAGCAAAGAAGUUUUUAACUAUGCACACUCUUCGCUACGCAAUGUUAUAGAGCGAUCGUUUGGGGUUCUUAAAAUGAAGUGGAGAGUUCUAUUAAGUCUCCCUUCAUUUUCGCUUGCCAAACAAUCGAAGAUAAUUAUUGCUUGUAUGACAUUGCAUAACUUCAUUAGAGAGAGUGCUCUACACGAUAGAGACUUUGAUGAAGUAGGACCUAGUAGCAGCAGUCAUGAUGUACCUUUAGGUGAGAGUAGUAGUACCACACCUGAUGAGUUAGACAUGAGUGCUUUUCGAGAUGCAAUUGCUAAUGCUUUAGUGGCGUAGUUAAGUAUGACAAUGUAACGGGACUAAUGAUGUAAUCAACUGCUCUAAU